CAGUUUUCGAGUGAGCGUGUGAAAGGUCCAAUGAUUCUAAAGACGAAUUGCAAUCAUCACUAUAAUGAUGAUUCAAGUUUACGUGUGAAUAGGUCGUGAGUAAACUAUAGCUCUGCAAACACCCGUUGUAGUUUUUAAUGUUUGAGGUUAUCAUUGUAGGGAUUCCAGCGCAUUAGUUACAGUUCAAGGUAUAUACGGAUCUUGACUUGGUAAUGCAUCAGUUUAUUUGCCUCCCUUCUCGGCGUUAUAUAGUCUUUGAUCAGUGUAAAGAUAUACACUCGCACCUAAUUGCUGUUAACAGGAUGACACUGUUCUCGAACUGUUUGAAGUCCUGCUAGACACUUCUGUUUAAGGAAAUUUCUGGCUCAUCUUUCCACCUUCAAGACCUUUCAAAGAUAUCGACGACACUCUAUGAACGAAGGCACUGCAGAGAAUAAUCAAGAGUUCGUGCACAACAUAAGAAGAAAUGACGUCACAAAGAAGCAACCGUGUGUCUGAUGAUAAACUUUCAAAGCUUGAUUUGCAUCUACCAAACCUGUACGUAUGUCCUGCGGUAAGAAAACCCACCAAUGGCCAGUUGAAAGAUAUUGCACAUGAUCUUGGAUUUCACUAUGAAGACGAAGACAUUCAGAACUACAAAGAGAUAAUCGGAGAAAGUAUCGAAAGUAUAAACAAUGCAGAGCGGUUGAUGGAGCCAAGAUUACCAACCAAAUAUCCCAGACUGCCUGGAUACAGACCAAACCAACAAGAAAAUCCUUAUAAUGCAUGGUACUGGAAAUGCGAGAUCCAGGGAUCUAGAUGUGGUAAAUUGGCAGGAAAACGGAUAGCAAUCAAGGAUAAUGUAGCAGUAGCAGGGGUUCCGAUGAUGAAUGGAUGCUUCGCGCUUGAAGGAUACACACCGGACUUUGAUGCAACGGUUGUCAAUAGAAUUCUGGAAGAAGGGGGAUUUAUUGCCGGCAAGACAACCUGUGAAAAUCUGUGUUUAUCUGGGAGCAGUUACACAGCAGCUAAAGGACCAGUAUUUAACCCUCAUGAUACCACAAUAUCAUGUGGAGGAUCAAGCUCUGGCAGUGCUGUUGCAGUUUUAGUUGGUGACGUUGAUAUGGCCAUUGGAAGUGACCAAGGUGGAUCUGUUCGUCUUCCCGCAGCUUGGACUGGUAUUGUUGGUUUGAAGCCAACAUAUGGACUAGUCCCUUAUACUGGGGCUUGGUCUCUUGAGCCUUCCGUUGACCAUCUUGGACCCAUGGCGAGAACUGUUCGGGACUGUGCUACGCUCCUUGAGGUGAUCGCCGGAUACGACAACGGUAACGACCAUAGACAGUGCAAACACAUACAAGUCCAUGAGUAUGUCAAAGAGCUUGAAGGUUCUAAUAUAUCUGGUAUAUCUAUUGGUAUAUUAGAAGAAGGACUUAGUAACCCUAAAGCAGAUCCCGGACUCUGUGGUGUCGUUGAAAGUGUUGUCAACCAGUUAUCAUCUUUAGGAGCUUCUAUAAAGAGAAUAUCAAUCCCCCUUCAUUCGAAAGCUACUGAUAUAUGGAACUGUCUUUCAGAAGGGAUUUAUGAAACAACUGUGCGACAUGGAGGUGUUGGAAGUGGGCAUAAUGGUUUCUAUCCAUCUGGGUUCAUCAACGAGUGUGCCAAAAUGAUUAAAUCUCGCCCGAAUGACAUCUCGGAUCAAACUAAGCUCACCUUAAUGAAAGCUGAAUAUUUGAAAAGGAACUAUGACGGGCGAGUGUAUGCUAAGGGGCGCAAUCUAACCAUCACGCUUCGUGAGGCCUAUGAUAAAUCCCUUGAAGAGGUUAACAUCAUUGCCAUGCCGACCAUACCCUUCACUCCGACAAAACUCUUAACUAAAGAUGAUUCUCUUCCAGAAUACCACAGACGAGCUUCUGAGGUGAAUAUCAACACGCAUCCAUUUAACCUAACUGGUCAUCCUGCCCUUAGCGUUAACGCAGGGUAUUUAAGAAAGUUACCAGUCGGACUCAUGUUAGUUGGUAGACACUAUGAUGAGAUCACAAUCUUCAAAGUCGCACAGGCAGUGGAGAAAAUCAGAGACGAAACAGCUACCAAAAACGGUUUCCUUAUGACAUGAAGGAAAUAUGAAUAAAUGGGCGUGAAAUUUUUUAUUUGAUCUGACAGUACAGACAAGAAAGUUGAAAAGGGUCGCCAAAAGACGAAUACUAUUCAUAUAAAAAACCCCUCAAUAAUAGAAACACCAAUAAGUUUCGCAAUGAUUGGAUUAUACAUUUCAGGCUCACAUCCUGAGAUCUGGAAAGACCUUUGUAUACGUAUUUUAUUGUAUAUCUGUAUUUUAUUUUUGUCACAUUGCUUAAGAUUCUUUAUGCUUUUUCUUGCAUUUGUUUCCAAAGAAACCUCCUCAGAAUUAUUUCAUUUAUUGUCAUAAAAUAAAGCCGACUAAAUCGCUUUUGUAUCGGUCAAUGCAAUGGCGUUGUCUGGAGCAAUAAUAAUAAUAAUAAUACGAAUACCGAAAAAAAAAUUUAGACAGAAAAUUGCAAAUAACAGAAAUGGGACUUAAAGAUCAAUAUAACAUCAAAACUGAAUAUUCCAUCCUGAAAAUAUAUUUGAAUGCAACGAUUUGAAAAUUAACUAUGAUGAAAAAUGAAAUCGAUUUCUGGUGUGUAUGAUACUUGGUAAUUUGUUUGCCUUUUUAUAGCAUGAUUCCAUAUUAACCUUCCCAUAUCAAAUGAUUAUGUCUUCAUGACACACUUUUUACUUAAAUUGGUGAUUUGUGAAGGUAAUACGCAAAAAACGUAAAUACGCAACACACACCCUCAUACACGUUUACACACGCCCAUCUUGUUCAUUCUAAAUUAACAACACUGAAAAAGGAGAAGGUGAACUAUACACAACAAAAAAGUAAGCCCCCCCUUAAACAAACAUCAAUAAUUUCCGAACCAAUGCGAGUUUUUAAUAUAUGGACGAAUUUUACGUCAUACUUCAGUGAGCACCGUCAGAAGGCAAAAAUGUCACUUUUCAAAAGUCACAAGCCAAAUAUUAUUACUUUG